AUGGCGCGCGCUGCAGUAAUCCCGCAAUCCCCUGGAAAAAGGGUGGCACGAACUUCAACAAAGUUGACAGCUGCUGCCGAUGCCAAGAAGAAAGCUCCUCGAAGAGCAACACCAGCACCACGGACUGCGGCCCCGGCUCUCGAUGCUGAGUCCGACGAUGAGCUGGGGUUUAUCACAGGCAAACCGGCUAGACCCAGCGGACGUCCUCCUAGCCGCCUAGCUACUAAACCAAAAGCGACUGCAACUGUGACUGCGCGAGGAAAGAAGGCUUCCUCGGAGUCUCUCACCGACAAGUCGAAACCCCAAAAUAACGCCAGCGAAAAUGAGCUAGGACAACAAACCGAGGCGCCGAAGAAGCGUGUUGGACGGCCGAGAAAAAAUCCGUUGCCUGCGGAGGCUGCUGAGGCUGCUGCAACCGGGCCUGAGGCAACAACCCCUAGACCUAGGGGACGACCGAGAGCGGGAACAACAGCGAAGGCCCCUCAGACCUGUGAAACGGCGACCACGAGCAGGCGCACACGUGCGGCAGUUGAUACAGCAAGCGAGACGAAAUCAAACCAAAUCAGGAUCGCGACCAACUCGACAACAAUGCGCUCAAAUCUUUUGCGUGGGCCCGCCAAGAAGAAGACAGUGAAAUUCCAGGAUGUCUCGGAUUCUGAAGCCGAGGAACUUGUACCCGAGGUUCCUGCUGCCGGCCGUCGACGAGCAGCGACCAAGGGCGCGGGCGCUGGCAAGACUGGCCUCGGAGGGACCCCAGUUCGCAAGCCCACGACAACCGGUACUCGCGGAAGGAAGCCAGCUGCAGCAAUGAAAGAUGCGACACAACCAUUAUCUCCCAAGAAGGCCAAGCAGGUGGCCAAGUCUCUAUCAGCAUACGCAAGCUCCGAUGGAGAAGAUGAUGAAUUGAACACCAUUAAGGGCGACACCAAGGAUCCGGUCAGACUUGUUGUUCACUCGCCUGUUAAGCACGGCUUGGAGAUUACUGGACUGAGCUCUCCCGUACGGAAGAUCAACUUUACCCCCAAGAAGGCGUCCAGCUUCAUGGACGAGAAUGGCGAACCAAAACUACCAACACCAAAACACGGAUCAGACGGCAUCGGUCUUAGCUCCCCAGUCAGGAAAAUCAACUUUACGCCGAACCGCAGCCAGAACGCUGUCGCAGAUAAUGGUCACCUCGCUCUUCCACCUGGCAAUUCGCUUGUUUUUAGUGAUUCGAUGAUCAUGUCUAGCCCUGCGAGGAGACCGGCGCCAUCAUCUCCCUUCCAGUUCUCCAUGAGAGAAACUCCGAACCGUGGGGGUUCCCUCUUCCGGGACAGUAUGAAUCCGAUUUCCGCCCCUGAUUUCACGUCCGGACGCACUUCUCCACUGAAGAUGUCACCUAAGAAGGGCUUUUUGGGUGCCUCUUUCUUGCAAUCGCCAUCUAAGGAUUCUACAUCAGUAGCCCCUGCUCGAACCCCUCUGUUUCAAAGCCCGGCAAAGAGAAUAGCUUCUCCAUUCAAAAACUCGGUUUUCUCUGCUCAUGCAUCUGUGGGCCCUUGCGGCAAUGAUGGAAAGACAGUUGAAGUUGCACAAUCCGCCACGCACAAAUCCUCGCCACGGGAGAGCCAGUCUGACGAAGCGGCCUUUGCAAAGGACACUGAAAUGGUCGAGGAUGUGGCUCGAGACAUUUUUGGAAUUGAGCUGUCUUCUGAUGGAGAAACGUCAUCGAUUUCUCCUACCCAGGAAGAUAUUGCGGCCUCAGAAGUGGCCCGAGACUCAUUCAAUGAUGGAAACACUGACUCUCUCUCCGCGGAGGUGGAGGCUGAGGGAGACUCAGACAUGGAAGGGGAUGAAAAUGGAUAUCUUAAAUAUAAGGUUCAGCCAGAGUACGAAGAGCCUGAAACGAUUUGCUUCGACGCCAUGGAAGCGGCCAAUAUGGCAACGGAUGACCUUUAUGAUCAACAGCCUCAGGAAAACUCAGGUCCUCGAUCUAGCGAACAACUUAAAGACCAGGCUCAAUCUGAACGCGAAGAAGCCGAUACAAUCUGCUUUGACGCCAUGGAAGACGCCCAAUUGGCUGCGCAUGGUCUCCAUGACCAACAAGUCCAGGAAGCCUCAGACCUAGGCGAAGGCGAAAACCUCCAAGACGGGAGCGAGAGCGAGAGCCAAUUUGAGUACGAAGAGCUUGAAACAAUUUGCUUUGACACCAUGGAAGAUGCCGAAUUAGCAGCGAAUGAUCUACAUCACCAACAAGUCCAGGAAGAAUCAGACCUAGAAGAGGGUGAAGAUCUCUAUGACGAGGAUGAACUUGGGUACGAAGAACAUGAAACAAUUUGCUUUGACGCCAUGGGAGAUGCACAACUCGCGGAGAAUGACCUGCAUGAUGAAGAGGGUCAGGUGGCAGACUCAGUCAUGGAGGGCACAAAUUAUCCCGAAGAAGAUCUGGCCGUACCGGAGCGCGAGAUUGAGGAGGAAGAGUCCCAAAAUCUUGAUACUCGAUCCCAGUCCCAAGAACCGACCCUGGAACCCUCACAAACUACGGAGAUGCAAGAACUAGACAUGGAAGAGCAGGCGAAUGAACUUGCUUCGCCCUCCAGGUCACCAUUGCAUUUACCCCGUGGCGACGAAGCCCAGCCAACGGUCGACUUGGAUUAUUCCUCGGAAAGUGAAAGCGAAUGGCAAGAAGAGGCCAUUCAUCGACCAGAGGAGGAGGAACAAGUGAUGAGCGAGGAGAGCGAAAUGGAAGACAAUGAGCCUGAGUUUGCUGCAAUAUCGUCAAAGCCUGCUUCGCCAUAUGAGAGCGAUCAUAUCGAGGGCAUCGCAACUCCGCCCCAAAGAACGCAAGCGACUUCUUUGUCACGACCAAGUUCCACAGGCGGUGAAUCUAUUCCCCUGACCUUGAAUCGCCCAGACAACUCAGAGAAUGAUCAUGACUCCACUCCAGAUGCCAAGAAUGCCAGGAACGUCAUCAUUGACACGCCCCUGCAUGAAGAAAAUAAUUGGACGCCAAACACCCAGGUUAACAGCCCUGCCUUCAUGGCACCCAGUCUCUUCAACACACCAAGCGUUGCUGAUCAGCACCAAUCCCCUGCUGAGGCUAGCUUAGGUUUUACGCCACUGGCACAAAGGUUUGGCCGUUGGGAACAAAACACCCCUUCCCAAGCUAGAUCACUCCGACCGCGUCGCCGUGGAGUGUUCUCGUUAGUAGGCCCCUUGGAUCGCACCAACAAGGAAACCCCGACCAAUUCUGAAAGAGUGUCGUAUCCUAAUCUGCCAAAAAGCCCUUUGGCACAAACCCCCUCUUUGUUUGCCGAAUUACCACUUCAGCCUCAAAGCAAUGAUACUUGCACAAGGCCCGAGUAUGAACGGACUCCACGGCGAUCUUCCAUCUAUGAAGACCAUCAAAUAAUUGAUUCGCCGAAUACAAGCACGGAUAUCUUUGAGGAUCCUGACUCGGGACUCAUUGAACAGGACCAUACUUCUGCCGCCGAAUUCCCGCAAGAUCAGCACCAACAGAUUCAGCUACUCGAGGACAAAGAAAAUCUCGGUCCUCCGAUUCUCCCGUCAACCCCAAUGAAGGCGCAAGUUCAACCCGACGUGUUACGCACCAUCCAUACAGUAUCCAAAGUGCCUUUGAAAGCUGAAGGCGACGUAUCGCCUCUCAAGGUGUCCCGCAAGAGAGGUCUGUCCCUAUCGAGCACAUCCCCCACUCGGUCUUCUCCGCGUGUUCGCAAGCCAACCUUCAUGGCGCUGAAUGACAGUGCACCGAUUUUGUCUCCCUCCCGAAAAUCUUCACGGGUGAGCAGAAGUCCGACACCAAAACGCCGUUCUAUCACGGGCAGACGCAGCAUUGUAAAAGCACCAGUGAUGGCUCCGUCUGGUACUUCCGUUGCAACUGCCAGCCCUGCCAAGAAGCAGCGCCGCAGCAUCCGCACUGAACAGAAGGCUCUUCAUGGAGCAGUCGUGCAUGUGGAUGUUCAUACCACCGAGGGCGAGGAUGCCUCUGGUAUCUUUGUGGAACUUUUGCAGCAGAUGGGCGCCCGUUGUGUAAAGUCAUGGUCCUGGAACCCUCGUUCCAGUCUCUCGCCGGUUGAUGGUGUAGAGCCCAAGGACCUGAGAGUUGGCAUCACCCAUGUUGUGUACAAGGAUGGUGGCCUGCGGACUUUGGAGAAAGUCAAGAAGGCAGCGGGUCUUGUCAAGUGUGUUGGAGUCGGCUGGGUCCUUGAUUGCGAACGUGAAAACCAAUGGCUCGAUGAAACCCCCUACGCGGUCGACAGUUCUAUCAUCCCGCGUGGAGGUGCCAAGCGCCGCAAGAGCAUGGAGCCCCGUGCACUAAGCAAUGUGAACGGAACAAUCGUGCGCAUUUCCGAAUCUCCUACGCCAUCUGGCGGCGGACGUCGCAGUGGUGUCCAUCCGGGCGCCGUCGAGGGUUUCCGCAAGAUCACACCUCCGACCCACCAGCAGGAGAUGCCGUCCACACCCCCGCAACAAUCUUCUGCUGAUAGCUACCAAUUUCCUGCUACUCCUGGAUACAACUUUGCCAACCUUGAUGCCAUUGGCAUGUCGCCCGCUACACCAGGAUUCCUUGGAAACCGCUCCAAGCUGGUCCAGCAAUCUUGUCCGCCAAAGCAGAUCAACCGAGGUCUUUUCCCGAGUGCUAAGUCUGCGAGUAUCAUGCUGGAUGACGGACAAGAUGAGGAAUCCAGAAGACAGCGCCGCUUCCGUAUGGAGGCUGCUAGGCGCAAGAGUCUUGUUUACAAGCCUGCUGUCGGCAGCCCCCUUGUUCCUUGA